AUGGACUCGGUUAGAACACCCCUUACAGCAAGUUCUCAAUUCAUACAAGCAGAUGACGACGACGACGACUUUGACGAGGAAAACAUACCAAGUUUCGCACAUCCAGCACUAGCAAGUGCGCAGUCCCCGCCACCGCUCACAAAUAAAGGGAAGGGACGCGCUAGAUUCGAACCUGAGCAACUCGCACCUUCAUCGGCGAAUGGGAGACCAGGCACUUCAGGUCUUUCUGGAAACAUAGGAAGCUCUUCGCCCCAGGCUACAGGGAGGGCUGCGACAAGGCAGACGAUUGGUGGUGUGCGGGUAGAGACUCGCUUUUCUGGAGGUGAUACUCUAGAUGAGCCAGUCACGGCCACAAUUGCCCGAGACCUGAUGUCCAUCUAUUCCAAGCUUGUCCAAGUCUUGUAUCCACGACGCUCCAGCGGACGGGAAGUUCUGCGGGAUUGGGACCUUUGGGGUCCAUUGCUAUUAUGCCUUACGUUGGGUAUAAUGCUCAGCAUUAACGCACCUCCUUCGCAAUCUCUGGGUGUUUUCACAAGUGUCAUCGUUAUCUGUUCUCUUGGCGCCCUCGUUGUAACAGUCCAAGCGAAGCUCUUGGGCGGCAGAGUCUCGUUCUUCCAGGGUCUUUGUGUUCUAGGCUAUUGCAUAGCUCCCCUAAACAUCGCCGCGUUCAUUGCAUGUUUUGUCCGAAUCAUCUACAUUCGCGCCCCGAUUGCUCUACUGGCAUGGGCUUGGUGUAUCUGGGCUUCGGUCAACUUCCUUGAUGGCACUAAAAUUGAGCAACAACGCAUCAUACUCGCGGUAUACCCAUUGCUACUUUUCUAUUUCAUCUUAGCAUGGAUGAUUCUGAUUCAGUAA